CCUUGUUUGCAAAUUGACACAUUAGCGUCGUUCGUCAUUUUCUUGAAAAUGUCACGAAAUUUUAGCUCAAGAAUAAGAAUGUUUAAACUUCACGAUGUUCUGUACUUGUUUAUCUUCCUUUGUGAAUGUUUUUGUCACGUGAAAAGUGUUCCAUGUCGGGGAACAGCGUCGUAUAAACUACAAUUUCAAGCGGAGUGGAAAAAUACUACAUCUCGACCAGCUGGGGCUGGAUUUUCGGGACUCAUCGGCUGCAGUCACAACAAGUGCUACCGAAUGUGGAAACCGGGAGAAAAAGCAUCGCUUGGAGUUAAAAAUGUCGCCGAGAAAGGUUGGUUUCAUGGUUUGACAGCUAGUAUUAUUAAAUAGUUGAAUAUUAAGUUUGUUAUAUUAACUUUGAUAAAUUAUGCCGAACUUUCUUGAUGUCAUUGGUACUUAUAAUUUAUAUCGUUUUUAAAAAAUAUUUUGUACGUUUUAAUAGGUUAUACUUAAGUUCUAAUUACAGCACUAGACUGCACUACCAAUGUACUAUUAAAUCCUAGUAAAUAAAUAAAUAUAUAACAGAGACAGAUCAUCUACAUGCAUCAUCAGCUAUCUUGGCUGAAACACAACACCAACAUAUGAAAUGGAAUUGUAUAUAUCUAUAGCACUGGCAAUGAUUCUGAUACAGAACUGCCCACCCACUACACAAUACCUGGAAAUGGCAGACCUUCUAACUCUCACGGUUUGGCUGUGAGACUCAAUCUUUCAGGUUGAUCAUUUCACUGUUCUAAAUCUCAUGGUCUUCAAGAAUGAAUGACAAUCAUAAUAAAAUACAACCAAAAUCAAACUUGUGUAUAUUAAGCUUGGAAAACACAAUCAAGUUCUGUGAUCACAGUAGGAAUUUUGCAUAGGUAAAUUCUAAGUUUUGACUUUAGUGUUAAUGAAUUCCAACGAGCUUCUCCUGUCACCAUGAGCUUGUUCCAGCAUGCACCCCUGCUUUACUUUCAUUGAUGGGUAAAAAAUGAUGGUGUUAUUCUUUGCUAGGAAAUUACAACGAACUCUCCAGUGAGAUUCAGAAACACAUUGAAGAGUGGAAGACUGCAUCAGAACGACUCCAAACAAAAAAUAACACCAUCGGCCCUGAGGCUCAUGUCUCUUUACCCAAAAGUGACCACCAACAUGUCAGUGGUUUUACGGUAGACAAAUCUCGGCCACUGGUAUCUGUCAUUGCCAGAAUAAUACCCUCCCCAGAUUGGUUUAUUGGUGUCCAUGAUGUGAGUUUGUGUAAUAAAUCAGGACAUUGGAUUAAGGAUAUAAGGAUUACUCUUUUUCCAUUUGAUGCUGGUACUGCAGAUACAUCUACAUACAAUAAUUCUAUUGUUGUACCAUCACACCCACGUCAGAAUAUUCAACAGUCACAAGUAGAAGACAUAAGUGAUUCGGUUAGAGGAAUGGGCUACAUGAGGUUUGCAUUGGUUCGAAAAUCGGAGUCCGGUUCAACUGUAGUUGUAAUAGACGAGAAUAAUUGUCCAAACAUGGCCUCAUUAACAAAAAUGUCUUCGUUAGUGUGGUUUGCCUUGAUUGCAACCAUAUUAUUAAUAACAUCUUAGUUAGUAACAUACAAUUUAGGACAUGUUAUCCUCCUCUCAGUCCUCUGCAGACAUUUAACCCAUUGAGUGGCAGCACUCUCCACUUGACGAGCAAAAUCGUCUGGAGUUAGACUGAGUAAAAUACUGAAGUAGGGCGCAUCAGGGUGCAUUGCCACUUAGGGGGUUAAUGGGUGGUAAUGCAUGCAUGGGAUGUAUAAUAUAUAAAUUAAUUAAUAGUGUACUUAAUUUCCGUACUUAUACUAGUUAUUGGUAAGCAUGCAAGCAGUUUAGUGCAUACAUUUUUGUAACCUUAUAAGUAAAUUAUAAUGGAGUAAAAAUGUUCAGAGAAAUUCAUGUUGAAUAAGUGUUUUAACCGCUGCUUGCAUAUUAACUAAUUUGCACAAAAAUAAUGAUGAGGUGCACUUUAUUGACUUUGUUAUCCUGUUUUCUUGCUCAUUGUCAUUGGAAUGGUUGUCAUUUGCACAAAUCACUUUUUGCUAAAAAGAUGGGAUACACUGGUCAAGUGAACCAAAGUGCAGAUCAAGUGUAUAUACCAGGGGGGUGAUCCAUUUAGUACCAAGGGUGGGUAGUAGCGAAGUAGUUGUAGUUUCAAGUAGCCAGUAGUUUUUCACUACUUUUUUUAAAAAGUAGCUUUAGUUAUAGCAAACUACAUUUUGCUUAAAAGUAGCCAAGUAGUUGACUACUUUUCAAACAGCGAAUCGCUAUUCGCUACUUUUUAAAAUUGUUAGCAACUUGAUAGAAUAGAAUGUUAUUAAGACACGGUUUGCUUAAAUAUGCCAUGCAACUGUGCAAGUGCCAUCUUAUUUACUCGCCAGUCAAUUUGUUAUAGGUUUAAUUACAGUCUGAGCCAGUAUAGAUACUCCAAAUACAGUAAUGUAUAGUAGAUACAUACAUGUAUAGCGUAGUGAACUAGCUUCACUUUAUCUAUGUAAAUGGUCUACACAAGAGCUACCAUCAAUAUAGGUUUUCCUUAUUGGUAAUUACAAGAGGAAAACCAGGGUCCCAGGAGGAAACCUGAGCUGUUUGGUAGACUAAAACAGAAUUUCAGAAGCAGUCUUCUCCAGUAGCGUGGCGAAGCUUACCAUGGCAACUGGUCAUGCUAUGCUAAUAAACCUACAUCUAAAUAGGUUAACGACAAUGCAUUUCUAAAGGUUUUAGAAAAAGAAAAUCAUUAAAAAUUUGCCACUGCUGUGGCUAGCUUCGCCACUGCUCUUCUCGCAUCCAAUUGAGGCAAAAUAGUAAUCACACAAGUAUAUACAUACUGCUGGAAUGGUACAUUGGUACUAGCUGUUCAGUUCUGUUGACACCAGAAGUAAUAACAAGCUUUAAUCAAACUCGUGAAAUUUACAAUACUAUGUGAGAACGAAACAAAAGACAAUACAACAAACAAAGGCGAGUUAGAUAUGGGAUCGGUGAACGGACUCGAAGUCCCAGCAAGGCAAACCCCACACAUAAAUUAUAACUAGAAAUUUACACUAAGAAAACCGCAUAAAACUUCAAUAAAAGUUCUCUAAUACCACUGACCAGACAGCCCAGUCUCUUGCUCAGGUUGACUGCACAUACCAAUGUAGAAACAAAUUAAUUUAAUAGGAAUUAUUUCGGAAAAUAAUCCUAACCCGUGCGCUAUACUACUAAUUCUAAUUUUAAAGACAGUGGCGGAAAUCACUUUUUCCGGUGGGGGAGGGGCAAAGCCUCCUAAAUUUCCGACAAAACUUUCAAAUUUCCGACAACCCCCCCCCCCAUUUGCACUCGAAAAGGCUGUUUUUAGCCCUUUUAUAGGUCAAAAUUUCCGAAAAUUCGUCCAUUUUCCGUGAAGGGGGGGGGGGGGCGGCCGCCCCCCGCCCCACUAAGAUCUCGGCCACUGUUUAAAGAUAAGGAUGUACAUUGUACAGUCAAUCUGAGGAACAUACACGAUUAAAAACAGGUUUAAAACAAAAAAACAUUUUCUGGCACGAUGCUGAUCGUAUGUGCAUGUGUUCUUUGGUUCCAACCUCCCAAAGAAAGAUCCUGGGUACCAGGUUGUUCCUGAUCCAUGGAUAGCAGUAAGCUUUAUUUGAUCUAUAAAACUAUAUUCUAUCUAGGAGAUACAAAAGUGCUAGAAGACGAAAUAAACAAACUGGUCAGGAACAGAACUACACGACACGCGUUCACCCGGCCUACCCCUCUCGCACCUCAGCGAACCUCAGACGUAAUUGAAUUCAAUGUUGACUCCGUACGUCCUUUGGUUUCUUUUAUAACCAGAAUAACACCUUCACCUGAUUGGUUCAUUGGUGUACACGACCUUGACCUAUGCGACCGGAUGACAGGUGACUGGUUAGACCUCAAACAGGUUCAGCCUGUGUCAGCAUUUUACGCGGUAACAAGCGAUGGUAUCGGGCGAAUUUCUAACGAUCCGUCCGCACCCUGGACGACUCAGAAGCGAGAAUUGGGCGUGUUUCAUUUUUCCAAAAUGUCGGAUUCGGGCAGAUCCAGUACAGGCGAGUUUGAAUCUGACGAGACAUUCAUAUGUCCUAGCAAAGCCUCGCAAACUAAUAUGUCGUAUGUGGUUGUGUUUUUAACCUCCUUGCUUGUUGCCCUCAUCUUAUAGCUUACAAUCGUCUGAUAUUUUCUCGUGAACGAGUUCUGAUAAGAACAAUUCUUUAUAACCUGUACAUACUAUUUGUUUUAAAGAUGUUACACUGUAUAGCUUCAUAUUCUAAUCCAUUCAAAAAUUAACCGCCACUUUAGCUUACGUUCUGGCUAGCUAGCCCCCACUUUAACGCUGGCUGACGUGGACACUCCAUCUACGUCUAACAUGGUUGCAAUUAUUUGUUAAUCCUGACUCCUGUUUUUAUAGUUAACCAAAAAUGAACAUUGUAUUCUGCUCUAACAUUCGACUAUGGUUUAAUCCAACCUAUACCUGGACCUUCUAUUUUUAUUAUUUUUUUAAUAUUCAGUGCUUUUUCACAUGAAAAGACUGGGACCAUGGCUAUACUUACCAAAUGCUAGCCCGAAAUUGACCAAAUCUGCCAAAGCCAGCCGAGUAAAGGCCUAGGUCUAGGCUGGGUGUGAUGCAGCUAAUCUAUCAUUCCUGAUGAUGUCGAAAUUAAAAUGUUCAUUUUUGGAGUUAUAGUUAUUUUGUUUUUAUUUUUGAGCUCAGUAUAAUGAAAUUCCAUAACAUUUCUGUUUUACAAACCAUGCUUGUCACCAUGCAAAAAUAUUUGAAAAUUUGCUUGUUUUUAUACGUACUACUACUACUAUGGUAAUUAAUAGUUAAGUCUUCGUUGCUAUUUAGUCAUUCGGCCAAACUUAAAUUUAAAUUGAACUAAUAACCUCUGUGGACGGUUUUCAUACCAUUUCCCCCAGCUAAUUCCAGUUAGUUUUCUAACGGAUCCGCGUAUCGCGCUAACCAAGUUUAAUCAGUUGAUAAAAUCAUAAUAUUCUAUACUCCUUGUAGCCAUGAUAAACAGGCAGACAAAAAGAAUAGAAAGGACACUGAACGUUUCCGCAAUCCGUUUGGCUUUCCUUUUAAUUUUGGCCCAUGUUCUUACUCCAUGAGGUAUAUACGACAUCAAAAGCGUUGUGUAAAACAUGCAAUCUUUUAAAUACAGUAUAGGAAUCUGUGACAUUCUUUAUCAACCAAGGAGUAAUUUAAUGGCAAUCCCCAACAUUCUAAAGAAACAAGACAUAAUAUAGUACAUAAACACAUCAAAUGAAUCAGCGAGGACUGCACAGAUUAAGUAUGAACCUGGUAUGAACAGAUGUGUAAAAUGGAAAACUGUAAUUUGGUAAUACUUUAAAUGUUACGCCUUUAUAUUGUAUGCGACGGUUGUCCGAAUGCCAUGCACGUACGGUUAGCUAUAUCGUGUGAACGAGAAACAUCAAAGCGAACAGCCAGUUUAUAAAUUGAAGAUAUUUUUCAGGAAUGUUAUCCUGUUAAUAGAAGUGUUAUUCUCUACUGCGAAACAGCGGGUUAAAUUUUAACCUACCGUUAACGCUAAUAUGUUUAAACUUACAUGAUAAAAAACCAGAUCGAUGUCACAGCCGUCGUACAACCACGACAGGUUAUUUCUCGUGGACAAUCUG